CAGCGCCUCACCGGCGGGCCGGCAGCUCUAUGACUCGCCGCCGCCGUGGAAGCUCUAUUAAGCAAACAAAAGAAAAGGGAAAAGAAAGCGAAUCGGAAUAAACAUGUCGGCGCAAUAUCGACACGUACAAAAUAAUAAUAGUAAUAAUACUACUAGUAAAGCUGCUGCUUCUGCCGGCGCCGCCGGUUCGGGAACGUCGAAAUCGCCAUUGUUAUUAGCCCGUCACAACCCUUCAGGUUUGUUGCUCCAAGAUACAGACUGCAACGUUGUGAAUUCCAAUUCUAAUCGUAGCAAAGGCAAUAACCAUUCAUUUGGUCGUCAUGGUGCUACAACGAGUGUAAAGUCACCUCAUGGUGAUCCGCUUUUCAACAUUGCUCCAUCUCCCAACAACAAGAUGAAGUCUCCACCAUUGGUCUCACCGGAGGAGGAACCGUGCCAGCUGAACGGAGUUGGAGAAGACUACGUUGAAUUCAACUACACCAACAAUCGAUUACCCUCAUCAUCGUCACAAUCAGCAUUGACAAUGGAUGCCGUGAUCGGGAAGAAGUACCCUGUUUACGCCAGGGACAUAUCAAGAGGGGAAGAGAAGGUCAAAAUCCCACUAGUGAACGAAUUCAGUAGCAACAUCCACCCCUUGAAGCUGCCCAACAUUCUGUACAUCAGCACCAACAUGGUCCACAAGGAUGCUCACAUCGACUUCUCGCUGGCUCGCUUGUCCGACGACAACUGCUGCUCUAGCUGCGUCGGGGACUGCCUGUCGUCGGACUUGCCAUGUGGGUGUGCUGCAGAGACGGGAGGCGAGUUUGCUUACACGCCUGGUGGGGUGCUAAAGGGGGAGUUCUUGGAGAAGUGUGUGAUGAUGAAUAAGGAGCCUCAGAGGAAGCAUUACUACUACUGUGAGGUUUGUCCAUUGGUGAAUGACUUGAGCCAGAAGGGGAAGAAGAAGGUGAAGGCUUGUAGAGGGCAUUUGACUAGGAAGUUCAUCAAGGAGUGUUGGAGCAAGUGUGGCUGCAGCAAGAGGUGCGGGAACAGAGUUGUCCAGAAAGGGAUUCAAGUCCCUCUGCAGGUGUUUGCUACCUCUGAAGGGAAAGGAUGGGGAGUAAGAUCUGUGACUGCCCUGAAGAAAGGCACCUUCAUCUGUGAGUACAUUGGGGAGAUAGUGACAAACCAGGAGCUGUAUGAGAGGAACAAGGAGAGGGCUGCCAAGAAAGAAGAGCACACAUAUCCGGUGCUGUUGGAUGCUGAUUGGGGAUCUGAGAGGAUACUGAAAGAUGAAGAGGCUCUUUGCUUGGAUGCCACUGAGUUUGGCAAUGUCGGCAGGUUUAUCAACCACAGAUGUGGGGAUUCCAACUUGAUUGAGAUUCCAGUGGAGGUGGAGUCACCAGAUCAUCACUAUUAUCACGUUGCAUUUUUCACGGUCAGAGAUGUGGAGGCAAUGGAAGAGCUAACAUGGGACUAUGGGAUCGAGUUUGAUGACAUCUACCAUCCUAUCAAGGCAUUCAAGUGCAAAUGUGGAAGCAAAUAUUGUCGGAACAAGCAAAAGAUUCAACGAUAAACUCUAAACAUAGAUAUGGAUUAUAAGAAAUUCUUCGUUUCAAACUAGUAGCAUGGAAAUAAAAGCAUUUGAUGACACAUUGAUGAAAAGGUGCCCAUUGGAGUUAUUAUUUACUUUGUAGAUUUAUUGAUUCUUUGGAAUAAACCAUUACUUUAUGCUUCCCA